AUGAUAUCUCCUUCAUUUACAGUGUCUCUAUCUAUCUAUCUAUCUAUCUAUCUAUCUAUCUAUCUAUCUAUCUAUCUAUCUCAAUCUGAUCAUAUCUAUCUAUCUGUUUAUCUAUCACAUUUGUUUCUCGCUGUUCGUAUGAACUUAUUUAUUUCAUUCUGUUCAUAUCUAUCUACAUGUUAUAUCCACGAUGUCCUCUCCACAUCACUGUUGCAAAAUGGCUUGCAGAACGGGAUGGAAUCGGAAAAAUCUUUUGGAACUGAUUCUUACGGGGAACCAGAACCGGAAGAAGACAGCCCGAUGACUGCCGACAGUGUUGACGACUUACGCGACUCAAGCUGUAGCCCAACGUCCCUGACUAUUGGCUAUACCUACGAUGCGUUCUUUAUCAGUGACGGUCGGUCAAGGCGUCGAAACGCCUUGGGAAUCCCCGAAAAAGCCAACAGACAGCGAUAUACGUGUAAUGAAUGCGGCAAGAACUAUGCUACCUCGUCAAACCUGUCGCGACACAAGCAGACACACCGUAGCCUGGAUAGUAAACUGGCCAAAAAGUGCCCCCACUGCCAGAAGGUGUACGUUAGCAUGCCUGCUUUGUCCAUGCACAUACUCACGCACGACUUGAAGCACCGUUGCGACGUGUGUGGUAAGGCUUUCAGUCGACCGUGGCUCCUGCAAGGACAUAUGCGCUCACACACCGGCGAGAAGCCGUUCGGGUGUGCACACUGCGGUAAGGCAUUCGCGGACAGGUCGAACCUCCGGGCCCACAUGCAAACACACUCGGCUUUCAAACAUUUCAAGUGUAAACGAUGCGACAAGUCUUUCGCCCUUAAAUCUUAUCUCAACAAGCAUUAUGAAUCUGCUUGCUUAAAAGAAUGA